GCCUAUCAUUUCUUCAAGAAAGGAAGAGACCAAUAUGCAAUUUUCGGAUAAGUAUUACAGCGGGGAAACCCGCCCUAUCAAUUCUCCCCGCCGGCAAAAACAGGCAUGCGCGAACUAAAUAGAUAAACUAUUGUUGGUACCUAUCUAUCCAUCUCCAAAGCCAAUUAAAGUGCAAGUACGUCUCGUUCCUGAUGUAACGUCGAUACUACCCUGAAGCACUUUUUUGAUGUUCCUUCGUCUUUGUGACUAGAGUUGAAGUCUCUGGAUAAAGUUAUUCGGUAAUAAACACUCCAUUGUCAGGAACCUAACGGCUAAACUGGUAUAUCUAUAUGCAUCCUCUUCGAUCGAGAAAAAUUAGAACUUGGAAGAUACAAGUAUACAUCUGCGUCCAUGCAAGAUACAAUUUAAAAUUCAAUUACUCGGAGAUAAAACCAUUGUAUAUCUAAAAUCACUCUUCUGACCUGAGCUAAACAAUGAGAAUCUCUCUAUACACCUCUAUCUUCUUCUUCUCCUCCUUCCUCCCUCCCGAACACUUCUGCACCGCAAUCUCCAACCUCGCACCCCAAUCCUCAGCAUCCCCACACUUCAACUACACUCUCAACACAUUCUAUCUCAAUGGCCAACCCUUCCAAAUCAUCGGCGGUCAAAUGGACCCCCAACGCAUCCCUCACCAAUACUGGCGUCAACGCCUCAACAAAGCCCGCUCCAUGGGCCUAAACACCAUCUUCUCAUACGUAUAUUGGAACCUCCUCGAACCCCAUCCAGGCGAAUGGGACAUAUCCGGAAAUAACAAUAUCGCACAAUACUUCCAAAUCGCACAAGAAGAAGGCCUCCACGUGGUUUUAAGACCGGGACCUUAUAUAUGCGGAGAGAGAGAAUGGGGCGGAUUCCCAGCGUGGUUGAGCAUAAUCCCAGGACUGGAUGUGCGCACGAACCAGACGCUUUUUAUGAACUAUGCGAAACGGUAUUUGGAACGAUUGCUCGUAGACCUGAGACCAUUACAGGCUACGAGAGGGGGCCCAAUUCUCAUGGUCCAGGUGGAGAAUGAGUAUGGGAGUUAUGGGGAUAAUCAUAACUAUACGGCUUCGAUGCGGGAUAUUCUGCGACGGAAUUUGGAUCAUGGGACGAUAUUGUAUACGAAUGAUGGAGGCGUCCAGUUGGAUCUGGAGGGAGGGAAUGUUCCGGACGUUUUGGCUGAGAUUGAUGGAGAUCCGGCCUCUGGGUUCGAAGCGAGAGAUACUUAUAUCUCUGAUCAAUCGGAAUUAGGCCCUCUUCUAGAUGGAGAAUACUACACCCUCGCGCCGGAUCAAUGGGGUUCGAACGCGACGCGUAACGAUCCGGAGGAGGGAGAUCAGAAUACCAUUGAGGGAUUCGUGAAAGAUCUAGAUUUCAUCCUGGGCGGGAAUAAUUCCAUCAGUCUAUACAUGUUCCAUGGCGGGACGAAUUUUGGAUUCGGAAAUGGCGCCGUCUGGAGAUCGGAGAACUACCUAGCUGCUUUCACGACGAGUUAUGAUUACGGCGCUCCUCUGGAUGAGAGCGGACGGACGACGCCUCUGUAUUAUACCCUGCGGGAGGUGAUUCAGAAGUAUUCACCGAACGGAAGUAUUCCAGACGUCGUGGCUGACGUGCCUCGAUCGUCCAUAGCGGAUUUCGCACUCCAUCCCGUCGGAGACCUGUUUGAUUCCCUUCCUGAACCUACUCAUGUAACAAAACCUAUUACAAUGGAAUUCCUAAACCAAGCAUACGGCUUCAUUCUCUACGAGACCAUAUCCACGCGAUCCUAUUCCGGUCUCCUCAAACCAGGCGAUCGACCACGAGACCGUGUCCUGGUCUAUAUCAACGGGCAAAAACAAGGCGUUAUUGAUUCCAUCUACGAGACGCCUCCGAAGAUCAACAUCUCACUAUCCAAGGGAGACAAGUUACAGCUCCUGGUCGAGAAUCUGGGUCGGGUCGAUUACUGGUCUCGGGAAUCCGGGACGGAGAAUGCACUUCUUCAACCGCAUAAGGGAAUCGUUGGAGACGUUUUUGUGGGAGGUGAAGUGCUCGAAGAAUGGGAUGUAUAUUCCCUUCCACUGGAUUCGCCUCCAAAUACUACUAAGCUGUUGAAGAAGAAGAGGGAUAAUAAUGUCCAGAAAGGCGAGUAUAAUAACAGCACCGUGCUGUCCAAAACGCCCGUUUUCUACUCGGGCAAAUUCCUCACUUCUAGCAGUAAGAAUAGCAGCAACAUCGCAAACGCAGAACUGGCUGCAAUGGAAUUGGAUACAUUCCUAUCCAUCCCGAACGGAACUAAAGGCGUCGUGUGGAUCAAUGGCUUCAAUCUCGGCCGAUACUGGAUUAUCGGACCACAGCAAUCCCUUUAUUUACCGGGGGUGCUGCUGAAUAAAGAUAAGGAUGGGUGGAAUGAGGUUUUCGUUUUGGAGCUGGAGCCUGAAGAUGGCAAGGUUAUGGUUGGGCGCGGUUUGGCGGAGAGGGUAUGGGCGAAUUUCCCGGAUCCAGACGCGCCUUGAUCCAAGAGAGUAAGUAAGGGGGAAGGGACUGAAAUACAGAAGCAGGGUAUAAAUCUAUGUGAAGUUGACGGGGAGAGUGCUGUAUAUAUCCCAGGGGCUCGCCUAAUGAUAUAU